AUUCCUUUGUUAUGGAUAGAAUUUGCGAUCCUUUCUCCACCGCACCAAAUUACAACUAUGCCCCUGGAGAUUGCCCACACGAUUCUAUUCAAAUUCAUGAUCUCCCAAAUAUUCUAUCAACCCUAACUUGUGAAAAAAACACACCAACAAAGAUCUGUAAAGCACAAGGGAGAUUUUUUCCAGAAUCUUCAUACGAAAAAAACAAUGGCGUACAAUUCAAUCGAUCGAAAACUUGAUUGCAACUUAUCCGGAGCCUGACGGAAUAUACAAGGAUCAGAGACCCGAUUUCCGAUGUGGCUUUGCAUCAAUGCAAACCCUUCAAAACCUCGAUUCGAUUGUUGCUAUAGGAUUCGAACCUGCGCGGGCAAAGCCCACAUGAUUUCUAGUCAUGCCCGAUAACCACUCCGGCACGUCCACCGAUAUGUAAUCCUCCAGCAAGUCGUUAUUCAUCAUAAAACCGUAUCAAGAAAAGGGGAAAGAGUUGUUGUGUUCGAUUGUUCAUAGGCGCAAUCCGUGUUGAAUUUUCAUUCAUGGUUGGGUGAUUGAUUGAUUGGGUUGAUUCAUUGAGGUUCGUGUAUAUAAAUAUCAAAUAUCUUGAUUUGUGAUGCUAUUAACAAUGUAAAUGAUCAAUAUUAUCGUCGUUUGGUGAUAAUUAGGUUGAAUUUUUAGAUGAUUUGUGAUACUACAACCACUUCACUAUCUCUCCAUUAUAUUUGCUUCAUCAAUAUAUUUGUGAAAUUUAAUCUAAUAUACAA